GAGCACAAUUACCUUCUUUUCAAAUCCUUCUGUGACACUGCGGGAGGAAAAAGGACUUUGAAACUUGAAAGGAAAGAGCUUGCUUUCAACCUCAAAAGCUAGGAGGAAAGGGCUCUGAAAUUUGCUCAGUAUUCCCAAUUCACCAUUAGCCUGUUUCUUCCUUUAGCCUCAAGGCAUUCUCCGCUUUUUGAAAAGAUGUUAAGAAAUUCAGUCACAAUAGAGAGCCUAGUUUUGAACAUGUUUCACUCGGUCCAUUGAGGUCUGGUCUUCAGCCUUUGUGUGGGGUGAAUUGAGCUGAGCAGCAAGCUGGUUGGGGAGAGGUGAAUGAGCAGUCUCUGUGCAGUCACAAAUUCUGGCAAAGAAAAGAUUACCCUUUCCUUUAUUUUACAAUAUGCAUUCCUGUACAAUCCUGCUAGUGGCAAUAUGCGGAGCCGAGCUUGUGCUUAGGUCAAUAUGGAGCACUUGGUUUAUAGCAACUCUUGUUAAGUUUGUCUUGUAAUUGAAGCUGCUGUUGACCUUGCUUGGAGACCGUUUGUAAAACCGUUUAUUUAGCAUAAACUGAAAUAAUAAACCCUCCUUCUCUUAGGCCGAUUGUGAUAGGGUGACAUUAGUUUGAUUUAAUGAUUAGCCGCCUGACCCCUCAGCUAGAGAGAGCUGCUUGAAUAAGGAGAGUUCACUAGGAAGCACACAGGAAGAAUACUAAUGAGCUUGUUAGAUUUAGCAUGGCACCAACCACUUUUAAUUCCUCUAAUGGGAGAAGCACUGCCUCAGAGUGGGGGGGAAGGGAGAGAGACAGCCAGAAGGAGAGGGAGGAAUGCCCACGUCCCGGUAGCCAGAGAAACUUGGUCAAGAGAAGAGCUUGGAGGGAGCAUCAGCCAGGGUCUCUUGGACUGAGUUAGGAUGAAAGUCCUGGGCAGACCUAUCACAGAGAGAGAAGGAACGCGAUCACAAUGCAGCCGCAGGGUGGGCAAGGCCUCGGCAAGAUCAGUGAAGAGCCUUCCACGUCGAGUGAGGAAAGGGCCUCAUUAAUCAAGAAAGAGAUCCAUGGAUCUAUAUCGCACCUUCCCGAACCUUCUGUACCUUACCGCGGGACGCUGUUUACCAUGGACCCCCGAAACGGUUACAUGGACCCUCAUUACCAUCCGCCUCACCUCUUCCCAGCAUUCCACCCUCCUGUACCUAUUGAUGCGAGACAUCAUGAGGGGCGCUACCAUUACGAACCAUCUCCCAUUCCUCCUCUGCAUGUGCCUUCUGCUUUAUCAAGUAGCCCAACAUACUCAGAGCUUCCAUUCCUUAGAAUUUCCCCGCACCGAAAUCCUGCUGCAACAUCAGAGUCUCCCUUCAGCACCCCUCACCCUUACAUUAACCCCUACAUGGACUACAUCAGGUCCCUGCACAGCAGCCCAUCCCUCUCCAUGAUCUCAGCAGCCCGUGGGCUCAGCCCAACAGACGCUCCACACGCUGGCGUCAGCCCAGCUGAAUAUUACCAUCAGAUGGCUCUGUUGGCAGGCCAGCGCAGCCCGUAUGCAGACAUCAUUCCUUCAGCUGCCACUGCAGGAGCCGGUGCUCUUCAUAUGGAAUAUCUUCACGCCAUGGAUAGCGCCAGGUUUCCAAGCCCAAGAUUGUCAGCUAGACCAAGCCGGAAGCGCACGUUGUCCAUAUCCCCCUUAUCUGAUCACAGCUUUGACCUUCAGACCAUGAUACGAACAUCUCCAAAUUCCUUGGUCACAAUUCUGAAUAACUCUCGUAGCAGUUCCUCAGCCAGUGGUUCUUACGGCCACUUAUCUGCAAGUGCAAUAAGCCCUGCUUUGAGUUUCACAUACCCUCCUACACCGGUAUCCCUCCAGCAAAUGCAUCAGCAAAUUAUAAGUCGUCAGCAAACCCUAGGUUCAGCCUUUGGACACAGCCCUCCACUCAUCCAUCCUGCUCCAACCUUUCCUACCCAGAGACCUAUCCCUGGCAUCCCCAGUGUCCUGAACCCUGUCCAGGUCAGCUCUGGACCUUCUGAGUCCACACAGCAGAAUAAACCCACAAGUGAAUCUGCAGUGAGCAGCACUGGAGAUCCCAUGCACAACAAGCGCUCCAAGAUAAAGCCCGACGAGGACCUCCCCAGCCCAGGAGCAGGAAGUGUGCAGGAACAGCCAGAAGGAAUGACCCUGGUAAAAGAGGAAGGGGACAAAGAUGAAAGCAAACAGGAGCCUGAAGUGGUCUACGAGACAAACUGCCACUGGGAAGGCUGUUCCCGGGAGUUUGACACGCAGGAACAGCUAGUGCAUCACAUAAACAAUGACCAUAUCCACGGUGAGAAGAAAGAGUUUGUGUGCCGAUGGCUGGACUGUUCCCGGGAGCAGAAACCAUUCAAAGCCCAGUAUAUGCUGGUGGUCCACAUGCGGAGACAUACAGGGGAAAAGCCACACAAAUGCACUUUUGAAGGUUGUACAAAGGCCUACUCCAGACUAGAAAACUUGAAAACGCACUUGAGAUCUCACACUGGAGAGAAACCGUAUGUGUGUGAACAUGAAGGCUGCAAUAAAGCUUUCUCCAAUGCAUCCGACAGGGCCAAGCACCAAAAUAGGACUCAUUCUAAUGAGAAACCAUAUGUCUGCAAGAUACCGGGCUGCACAAAGCGCUACACAGACCCCAGUUCUCUCCGGAAACAUGUGAAGACCGUGCAUGGUCCGGAGGCACACGUCACCAAGAAACAACGGGGAGAUAUCCACCCAAGGCCUCCGCCACCGAGAGACCCAGGCAGCCACUCCCAGACCCGGUCACCAGGCCAUCAGACUCAGGGUGCAAUUGGUGAGCAGAAGGACCUCAGCAACACUACCUCAAAGCGUGAAGAAUGCCUCCAAGUGAAAGCGGUCAAGUCAGAAAAACCAAUGACAUCUCAGCCAAGCCCUGGUGGUCAGUCUACAUGCAGCAGCGAACAGUCCCCCAUCAGCAACUAUUCCAACAAUGGGAUCGAGCUUACUCUGACCGGUGGUGGUAGUGUAGGAGACCUCAGUGUCAUCGAUGAAACCCCAAUCAUGGACUCUACCAUUUCCACAGCCACCACAGCACUUGGCUUACAGGCCAGGAGGAAUAUGACAGGGACCAAAUGGAUGGAGCAAGUGAAAUUAGAAAGGUUGAAACAAGUUAAUGGAAUGCUUCCAAGACUGAACCCCCUUCCACCUUCCAAAGCCCCGACCUUGCCGCCUCUCAUAGGAAAUGGUACCCAGUCGAACAGCAGCUGCAGUGUAGGAGGAUCCAUGACUAUUCUGCCGAACAGGAACGAACUUUCGAGUACAGACAUCACUGUGUUGAACAUGCUGAACAGGAGGGACAGCAAUACUAGCACAAUCAGUUCAGCCUACCUGAGCAGCCGCAGGUCCUCUGGAAUCUCACCUUGCUUCUCCAGCCGGAGGUCCAGCGAUGCCUCCCAGGCAGAGGGGAGACCGCACAACGUGAGUGUUGCAGACUCCUAUGACCCCAUCUCGACAGAUGCCUCCCGGCGCUCCAGUGAAGCGAGCCAGUGUGAUGACCUGCCAAGUCUUCUCAGCCUCACCCCGGCCCAGCAAUACAGGCUGAAAGCUAAAUAUGCAGCAGCUACUGGUGGACCCCCACCAACUCCACUGCCUAACAUGGAGAGGAUGAGCCUCAAAACAAGGAUGGCACUCUUGGGUGACUGCAGGGAGUCUGGAGUAUCUCCACUGCCUUCAGUGAAUGCCCCUCGAAGAUGUAGUGACGGUGGGGCAAAUGGUUACAGCAGGAGGCAUUUUCUGUCUCAUGAUGCUUUAGGAAAUGGAACAAGAAGAGCCAGUGAUCCAGUAAGAAUGGCCUCCGACAACCUCUCUCUCCCUAGAGUCCAGCGUUUCAACAGUCUUAAUAGCUUUAACCCUCCUGCUUUGCCUCCAUCCACGGAAAAGCGCAACCUUGUUCUUCAGAACUAUACCCGUUCUGAGGGUGGCGUCUUCCGCGGCUUCAGCUCCCCAUGUCCUCCGAGCAUCAGUGAGAACGUCGCCCUGGAGGCUGCUACAAUGGAAGCAGGUGGCAGUCUGAAUGAUGAGGAUCUCCUGCCAGAUGACGUGGUUCAGUAUCUGAAUUCCCAGAACCAGGGCAUGUAUGACCACUUGUUGAACAAUGUCCUAGAUGGCAACAAAAUGCAUCACAGCUCAGUGUUAGGAAACAACAACCCCAGCAACUUCGACCAAGCCCCUCCACCGAGCAGUCAGCAGGCAGGUUCCGAGGCAAACAAAAGCGACUUGCCCAUUCAGUGGAAUGAAGUAAGCUCAGGAAGUUCUGACUUAUCUUCUUCAAAACUGAAAUGUGGCCAGCGCUCAGCAGUGCAGCAGUCUCGGGCCUUCAGACUGUAUAACAAUAUGAUGGUUCAGCAGCAGAGUCUGGAAAGAAGCAACAUGGCCCAGCAGAACGGCUAUCAGAACCUGAUGGAGAACACUGGUUCCUAUGGUUUACAGCAAAACAUGGUUCUUGGCAGCGGAGCUGGCAAUUCUUUCAGCAUGCAGCCCAAUAAGCCUUACAGCGAAAGCGUCGGACGGCAAGCCAUGAUGUCUGGGGCAAUGGACAAUUCAUGUGUCAUGGCAGUUCAAGGGCAGAAGUUGAGAAGUAGCAACAUGCCACUGAGUGGGAACCCACAAAAUUUCGGCCACCCCAUGGUAUCCAGCGAUCAAGCCACCAGUAUGGCAAAUGGGAUACAGAACAGGAAUAUGAUGGAACAGGAGUAUUUGCAAAACCAACCAGUUGGGGAUGGCGUUCAUUACCAGGGAGUCGAUCAAUCCGGUCAAAUGAUGCUAGGGCAGGUUAGUCCUACCUCACAAAGCAGCCUGUACCAAGGGCCGCAGGGUUGUCCACCAGUGUCUCACACCACUGGUAACCAGCCUUCAGGUUUGUUGGUGUCCAAAAGUUACCAGCCAUGUGCUAACUACAGCGGCAACAGACGGCAGAACGUGUUGAGAAGCAACCUGGCACAACAGCAAGGACAUAUAAGUGAUGGCAACCAGGCGUACAGGGUAAACACCAUUAAGAUGGAGAUGCAAGGUCAAUCACAGGAGUUCUGCUCUAACGUGCAGAAUUACUCUGGUCAGUUAUAUGACCAAACCAUGGGCUUUAGCCACCAAGCUAUGAAAACAGGUUCUUUCUUUGGUUCAGAAGCUAACUGCCUGCUGCAGGGGACUGCAACUGCAAACUCAUCUGAGCUUCUUUCCCCGGGGGCUAACCAAGUGUCGAGCACAGUUGACAGCAUUGACAGCACCAGUCUAGAGGGCGUGCAGAUUGAUUUUGAUGCUAUCAUAGAUGAUGGGGACCACGUCAGCUUAAUUUCAGGAGCCCUGAGCCCGAGUAUCAUUCAGAAUGUCUCCCGCAAUUCCUCACGCCUCACCACUCCCCGAGCGUCUCUUACAUUCCCAGCUAUGCCCGUAAGCACAACCAACAUGGCUAUUGGGGACAUGAGCUCUUUGUUGACCUCACUUGCAGAAGAAAGCAAGUUUCUUGCUGUUAUGCAAUAGACAUAAAGAACAAAACAAAACAAAAAGAACCCUUAGAGAUAACAGAUGAAAAAGACUCGUAUUUUUUAGUUGUGUAUGUAUUUUAGCAGUCUCAUCUCACCUAAAUGGGAUGUGUUUCAAGUAUAUUCCUUUUAUGGAAUAAGGACUCUGAAAACCCUAAAGUGUUCUAGGGAGAAACUGUCUUCCAUUUCAGUUUUGAAUCAGUAUUGCUACACUCAUUCCUCCCUCCCCUUUUCUCUCUUUCCCUCCCCCCCCCCCCCCCCCCACUUUUGAAUGUCUGUAUGCUUCCUUUUGCCUUUUUUUAAUUGUAAACCAGUGUAAACGUGUGAAGUGCAUGUUUUUGUUUUGUUUGGGGAUUUUUUUUAUUUUAAGAAAGGUCUGAUGAAAUAACUUCGCAAUUUUUCUGUCACUCAAAAGAAACUAAGCCUUGUACAACUUGUUGCAACUCUUCCCCCUAAACAUAUAGGCACAAAAUAACCAGGCACAAUGUAAAGUGAGCCUGCAGUGAUGAAAUCCUCUCUGGAUGCACUGGAUAGAUCGCACUGAGGUGGACAACCCUUCAGAAAUGCACUGACAUGAUACUCCUAGGCUGUAGUUUCAGAGUCAUGGAGCACAAGAAAUGAGGAGGUUCAAGCAAAUAGGAAAUGUACAACCAUCAUCCCUUUGAUCCCUAGCAAAAGUUUAAGGUUUUCGUAAACAAACACACAGAUAGCUGUCACUGCCCUGCAUCAUGAUACUGAGACUGUGUCUUGUUUAAUCCAUUUCAGAGGGAGGAGAGGACCAGAAAGCUAUUCCUAGUCCAGAUCUCAUCUUCUGCACUGUUUGGUAUUCUGUUUUUCAGUCUUCUUUUUCAAAUGAUUGGAUAGUAAAAUUAAUGGGCAGGAUUUGGGUAGUCUAGAAUCCCCUACUUCCAUACCACAUUUGUGGAGAUAUGAUCAGGGUCUUAUUGAGUAUUUCCUACAGUGAAAUAACAAAAUUGCAGUAUUCCAUACUGGCGAUUUUUAAUUUAAUGCGAAUUGUUGAGGUAUUUUGCUGAGCCACUGCAUUUUAUUCACAGUAGCAGUUCCUUUGCCAGCAGAACUGUUUUGUACAUCCCUUUGAGCACAUACAGCUUCAUGGGUGGAUGUUUUAAACUAAGUAAAUGCCCGCUGAUGUAACACAGUUACACAGUUAUGGCAUGUAAAGCAAGUAAGUAGAAAAUGAAUAGCCCAGUUCUCAAACUAACCAAAUAAAUCAGUGUGAUGGCAAGCAAACUGAUAAAUGUUUUUCCUCUGUAUCCAGGCUUUACAAAAUCAGGAAAUUUAAACUGCAUUAAAAAUAGCAAAAACAAGCGGAAGGUGAUUUCUGUGGACUAGGAGGCCACAGUAUUCAUUCUUUUGACUGGAAAAAAAAGCUGAAAUACCAACUGAUUCAGGGCAUGGCAUUUGAGGAAACGUGUAGGAAUACAACCUCAGUGAAGCUGUCAGAUAACAUUGAUCUAUUAACAGCUCUUAGAGGAAGACGCUGUAAAUCAGUAGGAAAACAUCAUAGGAAUCUGGUGCUGGGGCCGUAUUUGUGCUUAACACAGCACGUACCAAGUGAUUUGCACUGUGAGCUGGAAUGUCAAAAAGCAAGACAAAUGUAAAUAUCCUACAGCUUUUAUGAUCACCCAGCUCCUGUCUUUCUCCAUAUCUUUAGCAAGCAUUUCUUCCUUCCUCUGUCUCAUGCACGCAUGUUCCCCCAUCCUGCUCUUUGCCUUUUGCCAGUUUCCCUCCUGACCUCCCUCCCCAUGUCCAGCUAUCACAGCCCUCCUGCAGUGGUCCCUGGGCUGCACAGGGAGCUAGGCACAGCUCACAUGGCAAACAGUCGGUUUGGAACACGGCGAUGCUGCUCCUUGUGCUCUCCUUGCACAAAGGCAGCCCUGUAGAAACCUGCUGCUUGUACCAGCCCUUGCCCCUUGUCCUGUCAUGAAAGGAUGCCACCAGCCAGGCAGGUGAGUGGGGUAGGAGGGAUGCUUCUAUGGCCAUGCUGUACAUUGCAGUGCCAUGAUAACAGCUCACAACCAUGUGAAGAAACAGCAGCCUGUGUAUGAGGGAAGGCUGUGCUGGACAUCUUGCAGAUGGUUCUCGGUAACCAUUUGCUGGCUCUUUAUUAAAUCAUCAAUUACAUGUUUAUAAACAGUUUCAUCAGGGAGACUUAUGGCCAGCUUGGGAGUAGGUGACUUGGGAGAGAAGCCUUUUAUUGUCAUAAAGUCCAACGCAUUAAAAAAAAAAAGCAACCUCAAACUAUUUUUUAAAACUCAAUUUCCAGUUCAUAAUUGUAUUUGCUGGUCCAAUUGAAGCUGGGAGCCUAUUGACAGAUGUGAUCCAUCAGGGCUUAGAAGUAGCCAUUCAUAUUGCUCAAGGCUAAAAGGGACUGCUUGAGUCAUUAAUUUGCCUUCCUGGAUUUGGCAAACCUUUGUCACUCACCCCUGUGUUGGGCCAGUAGUGUGUCUUGGCCAAAACCACACUCUCCAGAAAGGCAUCCCACUUUGAUUUGCGAAGGUUGAAGAACCAGAGACUCCACUGUGUCCCCAGGGAGUUUGUGCAAAUGGUUGAUCGUUAUUCUGUCAUUAAGUGUAUGUGCCACUUAGGUUCGUGUGUCAUUUCCCUGCUUUUAGUAUCUCCUCAUGCUUUUCACAGACUGGUUUGGGUUGGAAGGGACCUUAAAGCUCAUCCCAUUCUAACCCCUUGCCAUGGGCAGGGACACCUUCCACUAGACCAGAUUGCUCAAAGCCCUGUCCAACCUGGCCUUAAGCUUCCUGUUUUGGUACCUGUGAGGGUAGCAAUACCUCGUAGCCCAGCAGUCUUCGGUUUGGGUUUUGAUUUCAUAGGGUAGACUGGGCUCUCUGAUUGUGGCACUGUUAGGCUGGGCACCACCUUUCACUUGUCAACCUCCUUGUCAAUAUGUGGCAGUUUGGGGAAUGUCCCACCAUCACUGCUCACAUGUUUACUGGCACCCCUCCUGUUCUACCAGUUACAGAGCCAAAGCUUGCUUUUGUGUAUUCAGCUGAUCUGUUGCAUCAGUUGCCAUUGCCAUAGCAGCGGGAAACCCACCACUCAUGCUAAGAGUAUUAGGAAAAGCAAAAAAUAGUGUGAAUUUCCUAUUUUUAAAGCACUGCAGCCUGUGUCUAAAUCACCUUUUCUUCUAAUGGCUCUGUGGGGGUCUUCCAGAUUGGUUACCAUUGCCCUUUGGCGCAUCUCCCUCACUGGGCCUGCAUCAGGCACCCCUAUUUCUCCAGGCAGUUUUACUUCCCACAAAGUGGGAUCACCAGUGGGACUUCAUCCAUCAGGUACACCCAGGUAGAGGAAAGGGGUUCUUCCAGAGAGCCAGCAGGCUUUCCAAGGGGGUUUGCUGGUGAGUGCUGGCCCCACACAUCCCCAUGGCAGAUGACUUUACUCCCUCCUUGGAGAUCAGCCCUACAUGGUACGUGCAUUAUGGUGCUGGCUGGGUCCUCACUUCCCCUCACUGCGCCCCCAGCCCUUGAUGAAGUGGCCGGUCAGCUCUCCCAUACCUGCUGAGCAAUGGCCCAUCCUUCCCAACAGCAGUGUUCCUGUUCUCGCAAUGUAUGUGCCUUAUUUUGUGUUGCUCCUGUAAAAAGAGAGGGACCAAGAUGUGUUGCCAAAUGUUCCCAGUGAGGCUGUACUUCCCAUUCAGCUGAUUGAUGGCACAUACCACUGUUAAUAGUGUCCGAAACGUCUUGUAAACCUCUGGUAUUCACGUGUUACUGUCCUUGGAUUGGUGGAAUGUCUCCUAUGGAACAGUUACUGUUGUCAGUCCUGCAGAUGUGUAAGAUAAAAAUGUGUUCUUUUUUUUUUUCCCCAAUUUUUUUAUUUUUUUUAAUAAAACUUGUAAUCCUUUUUUUUUUUAAAAAAAGAAAAAAAAGAAAAUGUGUACAUACAUUUACGUACGGUAGGAAUAGUGUUUGGCUGUAACGGGCCUUAGUGGUCUUCAUUUGAUAAACCUGCAGUUACGAUCUGAUGUUUCUCAAGCCUUAGGUUGAUCGGAAGGGUCUGUAGCACUGUGUACAUACGAACUGUACUUCUGCUUUCAGAACCACUUAGCUCUUUUGUAACAAAAAAACAAACUUUCUUACAAUGUCAAUAAAAACACAAAAGCCUUUGUACUUAA